UUAUUUCAUUUAAAUAUAAAUGGAUUCUAAUUAUGUAUUAAAAGGAGAUGAAUUUAUGAUGAAAGGAGAUAAAGCCCUGAAAGGUAAACAUUAAUAUUAAAAUAAGGUUCUGCUUUUGGAAAUAUUUUUGGAUCAAAAGGAGAAAGAGCAGAAAAAGCACUUGAAUUAUAUAAGUCUGCAGCAACACAAUAUAAAUUAGGAAAGAAAUGGGAAAAAGCAUCAGAAGCUUAUUAAAGAUGUAUAACUUGUGAUCAAACAUUAAAAUCAGGAGAGACUGGAGAUUUUUAUGUUGAAUCAGCCAAAGCAAUUAGUAAUGUAAAUAAAGCAGGUAUACUGAUAUAAUAUUGAGUAUAGAAUCAAUAUAAUUUUAUGAAAAAGCAAUAGAACAUUAUGCUAGUGAGAAUAGAUUAGACAAUGCAUCAAGAUACAAAAAAGAAAUUGCUUAAAUUUAUGAGUCAGAGUUUGAAUUCCAUCUAGCAGUUAAAGCUUAUUAAGAAGCUGCUGAUUUUUUUUAGGCAGAUGGUAAAAGAACAUCUGAAUAUAAUUAAAUGAGAUUAAAAGUUGCAGAAUUAUCAACAUUGAAUGCAUCUGGUGAUUUAAUUGCAGCAAUCAAAGUUUUCAUUUAAUAAAUCUAUUAGAUUUUUGAAGAUAUUGGUGAUAAAUACAUGGAAAAUAAAUUAACAGCUCCAAGUGCUAAAGAACUCUACUUUAAAUCAUGUUUACUUUAUUUAUGCAAUAAUGUAUAAUUUUUAAAAUACAAUUUAAAUAGGAUUCAGUAGGAUGUGGAAUUGCUCUAGAAAGAUACUUAGAUAAAGAUCCUAGUUUUGCUUCAGCAAGAUAAUAUAAAUUUGUUGUUAAUUUAAUUAAAGCUGUUGAUAACAAUAAUGUUCAAAUGUUUUCAGAUGAAUGGUAUUAUAUUUUAUUUUAAUUCAGUUUUGAAUUUAACAAAAUCAUACCUUUAGAUAAAUGGAAAUUAAAUGUCUUAAAUAAGAUUAAAGAAAGUAUGCAGCCACUUCAAUAAGUUGAGGAUGGAGGUUUUAGAUGAUAAAUAAAAUUAAAAUAAUAUU